CCACAAUGUCUGGGUUCGAGAUAGCUGGAGUCGUCCUCGGUUCUAUUCCGCUUGUAAUUAGUGCGUUAGAGCAUUACGCUGAAGGAGUUUCCACGAUGAAGAGCAUGCAAAAGUAUGGGGAGGUCUUUGAAUACCUUCAUGCAUCCUUUGUUACUAGUCUCGCCAUUUACAGAAAUACCUGUGAGGAGCUGCUGAGCCCGCUUGCUCUUCCUGAUUCUCAAUUAUAUGACUUGUUGGAAAAGAUAGAGGAACAUUCAUGGGAAGAUGCAACCCUAGAUGCAAGCCUGCGAGGCCGAUUAGGGCCCAAUUAUCUACCAUUCAAAUCAUCUUUGAGGCAGAUCCACAAGAAGAUAAAAUUAUUCGGCCACAAGCUACGGCUUGACUCUGACCUGAGGCCCUCCUGGGUUUCUCAAGAAGGUGUCGUUGACACUCGAGCACGAGAUCAAUUCUUUAAGAAUCCUCUCAAUCGCAUAAAGGGAGGGCUUAACUCUGAGAAAUACAAGGAACUACUCUCCUCAAUUCAUGAGGACAUUAGUCGCAUCGAGGCACUAGCAUCUGGAGCCAUUGCAUUGGAACCUCUACGGCUAGAACGAAAACGCAAGGCCAAUGCUGCUUACUGGAAACGUUUUCAUAGACAUGCCCAGCGCCUCUAUGAUACAUUUAGUGCUAAAUGGUCCACACAAUGCGUAUGCCAUUGUCGACAUCAAGCCAACCUGCGGCUCGAGAUGCGGAAAGAAGCUGAUAUGAAUCAACCAUCAACGUUUAAGUUUCUGUUCUCAUUUGAUACUAGCACGGUAGGGCCGGCAUCGCCUUGGAAUUGGCGGGCGGUAGAGAUAGAACCGUCAGACAAUGUAAAUCCUACUACGACCCAAAAUCCCUCCUUACCGCCCCAAAUUGUGAUUCAAGCUUCCUCUAAAGUACAAAAUUCAUGGAACCGCUGCCUCUCAGCUGCUCCGAGGAUCAAGGAUCUCUGUGAAGCCCUGAAAGGCCAGAAACAGAACGCAAAUUGUAUUGGUGUUCUAAACGACUCCGCAGUCAAACACCACAUUCACUCUGUCACAUUACCAAGUCCGAAAAGUACAACUGGGAAGCAUACCACCAUUCGAGAUUUUCUAGAAAGUCGGAUUGGCAGAGGCUUUGGUAUUAAAGAAAAGUGUACACUGGCUCUCACCCUUGCUUCUGCCGUGCUUCAACUGCAUAAUACACCCUGGCUUGCAGAAAAUUGGAGCAUGAAAGACAUACAUAUCAUGAACAACGCCCAGCCCUCGCUUCUCACAGACCAGCCAUACAUUUGCAAGAACUUUGCUUCCACAACUCCCUUGCCUCAAACUCAGCACAAAAGGUCUCGAGUCGUAAAGAAUAGCGUGGUGUUUGCUCUGGGUAUUGCUCUCCUUGAGAUUUCAUACGGGAAGCCACUGUCCGCAUUCGAGACACAGGAUGAUCUAGAUGACCACGAGAACCGGAACCCGUUGACGGAAUACUUUGUAGCUGAUCGUCUCGCGGAAAAGAUCCAUGUUCGAGAACUUCGCAACUAUGCCGAUGCUACGCGCAGAUGCGUUCACUGCAUCUUUGAUAGUUCGGUAUAUAGUCUGGAGGAUGAUGACUUCCGUGAGCGCUUCUACCAAGGAGUUAUCGUGCCUCUUCAACAAGACUAUGACUACGUGACGCGAUGA